CAAGUUAUCGCAUAAAAUUGUGUUUGCAUGAUCGCUGGCGUUCAGUACCUUGGCAUUCUUGUAGCAGAGUAUUAGCGAUGAGCGAGGAACAACGCAUGCAAUACGAUUACCUGCUACAUUCGGCGAAAAACAAAUUUCAAAAAUUGCAGUCGAUCGAUGACCGGGAUUGGCAUAGUAUCCCGAUAGAAUCUAUCUCUGACAAGCAUGCUGUUCAAUUAUACCAAUGUACAACGUCCGCUUUUAGCGACAUUGUCUUCAAGGUUGUUUGCAAUCUCUCCACCGAAAAGUUAUGCAUGACGCCAAAUGCCUGGAAAAGUAUCUUGUGGACAGUUGACAUGCGGAAUUUAUGGAAUCCCAUGGUUGAACGUUGUGUUAUGGUGCACCAAUCGGAUCAGAAAAUCUCUCGUUUCCAAGUUCACUUGAAAGAAGACUGGCCAUUGAGUUCCAAAGAGCUAUCUUGUUUGGAAAGCAUUAUGCAAAGUAAAAGCAGCCUGAAAUUUUACAGUAUCAUGUCAUCCGCUCUACCAUUGACGAACGAGGAUGAUUUGCACAAGAAGCAUGAUGAAAUAUUGAUGGGCUAUGAUAUACGAUUUGCAUCUCUCGACGAUACUACAUAUGGAGAUCAGUUGAUCUUGUAUUAUCAAUUACCUUCCCGAUAUUUAUCGAGCGACGAUCUGAAAUGGUGGUCUUCUUAUGUGUUAUCUCUAGUAAGAGGCCCUUUGGGAGCUCUUCACCAGCACGGGGCUCCACCGACAGUGAGCGCGCAUGAUCCAAGUAUUGUCAUCCAGGAGCAACGUUACGUUCGUGAGACCUGUCAGUGGAACCUCGAUUACUCUACUCAAUCCAAUAUUGACAACGGGACAUUACGCUCGCUCAGUAACAGCAUCAACAUUCGUCGGGUCGAUAUGGAUGGUUCUCAGGCAAAUGCCCGGUCACCGCAGAGUCGGUCCUGGGACUAUGGAGGGACAAGUGCACCGGCGAUGUUAUCUGCGUUUCACAGGAACAGCUUUAUGGCAUCUUCCGUAAUGCAUCCUUACCGGGCAUCCAAUAUGAACAACCACGUGGCUGAAACUUCAGCCUCUUUAUUUAUCAAUGGAAAGUCAAGUUCGUGGGCACCGCCUAAUUUAUUCCGUUCCCAUUCCUUUGGCGAGCGUUUAUUGGAAGAAAAAGAUAAAGACGAUACCGGAACUUGGCUCCUCAUCGAAAUAGAUACAGAAGUAUGGUGCAAAAGCUUGAUUUUGGAUCUGGAUGUGCAAAUCGAUCUCGAAAACAGCCGUGUCACACCUGAUCAUUUGGCCGAUCGGUUUGCCCAAUCAUGCAUUCGAUAUUAUCACACGGCAUGUCAGAUGAAACGAGUUUUCCUGGCCAUUCGGCAUCCCUUCCACCUUGCUCAAUACCUUCGAGACGAAUUGGCCGCGAUCGAUGAUGAUUUACAGGAAGUCGAUGAUGAUGAACCCGUUACUGUGCAUUUGAAACUGCAAACCAGAACCGAUCAAACGUCAGCCGAAUUCAAAUUGUUCUUCCGUGGCGUCGAGCAUAAAUUGGAAUUAUCGCCGUUAAAAGAACCCUUCUAUGAAGAUGACGACAAUAUCGACGCUAUUGACGAGACUACGGUAUCCGAUAAAGAUGAUGCAAGUGAUGUGUUUGUAGACGGUAUGGAAGAUUUGGGACCCGCAUCGCAUGUGGACGAUGCAAUGACUUCCUCUUCAACUGCGACAUCAAAGCCGGCAUCCAUAGGGGAUGCUGAACUGCCAUCUACGGAGUCACCCUUGAUGGAAAUGGAUCUAUCUGACUCCAUGAUUGUUCCUGAAACGGAGCCUGACCCCAUAUUGAAAGCCUACAAUUAUUUCUCGCUACUCAACCACGCAGACGACCUUAUUACCCUGCAAACCCCCGACUCCGGCAAUGGUUACGUUUCUACAAAGAAACGGACGGUCGAGGAUCAUUUGACGGAUGUGAUUAUAUGUGAAGCUGUAUGGGAAGAGUGCAACAUAUGGGACGCAAAGGCCGUUAUUGAAUGUGAAGGGGCACGAAGAAUAUGGGAUAGUAGCUUUGAAAGCAGUAUACCUCUGAAACCGGUUUCAGUCACUUGUUCUCUAUGGCACACCAAAUCGAAAGGGUCUUGGCUGGCCAGUGCCCGUGACUAUAUUCUAUUUCUUGCAUCUUACACAUCGACAGACUGCAUCGAUCUUUGUGCCACUUCUUGUCCAAAGGACGCAUAUCAUCAUCGAGCUGUGCCACAGGAAACCUCCGGUUUGGUGCGUGCCCAUUUGGAUCUCUCGGCUUGGCGGUUCAAAACCCAAUCAUCACGAACAAUCACCGUGAAACAUGUUCUGCAAUCCGAUCCUCGAGGAUGGAUUCCGUCUUAUCUGCUGAAUAAAUGGUGGAGUCAUGUGCCUGAGAGUGUCCAUGCAGCGAAACAAUUUCUCAAGCGAUUCGGGGCCCCACCCAAUUUGCUGCGGCUUGACAAUGGUAAACUGGUCAAUCUUGUUUACGAUCAUCCCCGUCGCCAUUGGCGAUGUGAAUAUGUGCGGUCAUCCGAAAUUCCAUCGUCCGAAACCAAUAUCACCAUGAGUACGAUUUCUGAAAUUCGUCUUGCUGUCGAUCGUUGGGCUCCGAAUGGGAAUUAUACCAUCACUAUCGAUCCUCCACCUUCGCGCGUUUUUACGGCCAAAAGAGUCGAGGAUAGCUUUGGCAUUUUGCUGAAAAUCGAGCAUGAAGAAGAAUUCAUCAUACCGCAACGGGGAAGAAUCUUGGUGAUGAUCAAACGGUCUCAUGUCCAAACCAAACCAGGCAUAGUGGUCAAUGGUGCGGUUACUCAUAUGCAAGCUCCACCUGCGGCCUCCUCAGCGGCUCAGACAUUGAAAAACGCAGUAAUCUCAGCACUCCCUGUGGCGGCAGUCGAUGAAGUUGCUUUAAUUCAAAAGAGCGAAGUCAAAGGCAAAUCUCCCCCAAUACCCCCUGAUACAUUGACUAUAUCUGCGACGGAGAGAGCUCAGCAGGCACUCUUAUAUUUGAAGAAACUGAAUGAACCCUUUGGAUGGAUUACUGUAUCUAACAAGAAUGGUAUCGCAACAAGCAAACGCCCAGGGACGAAAGCUGCGACCAAAGGGAAAACGACAGAUGGUAACCCGCUCGAUAACAUGGAGGUCAUGGUUCCAGACCCAUUCGUGAUCUACAAAUCAUCCAAAGUAAUCGAGUGUUUCUCGACGGAAGAAAUCGCUUCCGUGAUUACCGAUGCUGGCAAACUACGAAUCAAAGUAGACGAAGCGCUGGAAGAACUGGAAGUUUUGAAUUGUUCUGACCGUCAUUGUCACUUACUUCGGCAAACUGUGAAAACCGUAUUUCCGUUCAAAUCUAGAGAUGCUUUUGUAGUGAGUUGCCAGGCUCAUGAACAAAACACUUCGAUACCCAAUAUUAGCGAGAAGCGAUUUUAUUGUGCAGAAACUUCUCUGUCGUAUGUCCCAACUGUGAAGGAUUCCAAGCGGCAAAGGGCGCAUGUUUUUAUUUCAGGCUGGAUUCUUGAAAUGAUCGACCCUUACACGACCACCGACAAUCAUCCCAUUCCAUCUACCCGCGUCACCUAUAUUAUUGCCUCAGAUUUGGGCCCCUCGAUUCCUUCGUAUGUCAGCAAUAUGGUCAAUUCUAAUUACGUGAUUAAAAGGGUCCAAGCACUUGAAUCCUACCUGAAAACCUACGGUCCGGCGCCAUGUAUCACCCAGCCAGUUGGCGCAAUUCAAAUGAUCAACGGCCAAUCUCUGCUUGCUUCGGAACAGGAUUAUGAAGAUUUGCCUAUUCUUUGUCAACACAUCAGUACCACCUAUGACCCUUCUUGUCAGUUACUGAAAGUCUCUGAGAAUUUUCAGGUCCGGACAAAUAUGCAGCCAUCCUCACUCGGUGUACAUCAUUCUGUGGAUGAACUUACUCUGACUUCAUCGCACGGAUCCGCCCACAGCACAAAGGUCGACAUGCGGACUCACGAGGAACCAACCAGCAAACUACGCGCUGGUACUGCUCCAAGGCUUCAGCGUAAAACGUCCAAUGAGAGUGCGACAAGUGGAAAUGACGUACGUUCGACAUCCGAUGUCACACCUGUGUUGACAAAUUGUGUGCUGGAUAUGCAGCAAUAUCGACGAGGUUACGAGGUUCAAGUUGCAUUAUAUUGUCGGUCAAGAAACGCGAUUGAAAGUGAAGACAUCAGCCAUGCAUUAUCAGUUUACGUGGCGGAACUAGCGCCGGACCCAUCUCACUCUAUUGCCAAUACGGAUCGAAAACCGUCAGAGAAGCACACCAUACAGAUCAAUGUGAAUCCUCGACGUCUAAAGAUUCGACACAAGUUGAAAGAGGAUUCGCCGGUAUCCUAUGAGCUCGUGCUAAAGAUAACACCAGUGGAUGAAGAACGUUACAAACUCCAUGGAAUGAAACUCACUGUAUCUGGCAUAUUGAACGAAGCGAAUGAUCAGUGGGAUGGUGUUGUUUUCGUCAAUGGCCGAGAAAUUACCCUUGGCACGGAUAUGGCUGUGGGAACCGAAGCCUCUUCCACACAAUCUUCACCAUUAGAGGACGAGUUUGCAGAGGAUGAAAAAUCAUUGACAAAUGAAAACCACGAAAAAGACGGCUUUACAUCGCAAAUCAACGAUGUGUCGUUGCAAAAUCAAGAAGCCUCAAACACGACCCAAUAUACCGGGAGUACGAUGAUGUCGGCUGCAUUAACCGUCUCCGCCAAUGUAUAUAAUGGCUUGGAUACGUAUACCCUUGGAUUUAUUCGAUCGCAUUUGUACGGUAAAUCUUUAGAAUCAUCAUCACCAUCGGUCCCCGCACAACGCCCGGUUGAGAAUCCAUCAGCCAAUAUUGGAGCCACGGCCAUUCAGGAAAGCGAUGAGGAAUAUCGUUUGGCGAUUUCGAGUCCCACCGCAUCGACGCCUUUUUACGAAACGAGUACCAUGAAAAGGACGAUGAUGAUGAUUAUCAUCUGCUUAUGUAUGGCCAUAGUGAUGGGUUUAUUGCUACUACAGCCGAUGGUUCAAAAUCUCAUAAGUUCCAUGCCUGAUGAUUCAGUAUUCCCCAUGGCUGAUACAGCAGUACGGCCACAUUAUUGGUUCCGAUUGCCCUUGUUCAGGGAAUGGGAAAUUCACCUCAUUGCUGUUCGACGUACAUAGCGAUAACGAUUUAUUUUUACAUAUGUAUAUAUAAAAGGGUUGAGAUGCUUUCUGUCUUUCACAAGCUGCAUCUGUAAAUAUAUUUAAAUAUUUUG